AAAAUGUGACGGUGCCACUGUUUCUAGGGUUCGCUACGUGCGUUUCCUGUGCGUCACUGGAGACGGUCCGAGUUGAAACAAAUCUCGGUUACCGGUUGGGGUAACGCGGAAGACGGGGAGUCGUGUAGUGUUAAACUGGGCUGCGUGUUCAGCUUCCUAUAUACAGCUUAUAUAAAUACCCUUCAUUAUCCUAUCAGCGCGUUUACGACACUCUUCUAUAGGAAGUUUAAAAAUUCAGAUGCCGCUUGUUAGUUUGUUGAAUGACAUGUGGCGUAACGUCCACUUAAAAUGACAGUAUCUUUGACUGAAAAGGAAGUUGUUUUUUUUUUUACUUUAUUAAUUAAAAAAAUAAUAAUAUUAUAGAGGUGAAGGUCGACGCUUUAGUUUGCCUCCGUCAUCAUGUCCCACUCGGAGCGGGCUGAGUCCCAGCUCGCAGAGAUAGAGCUGCUGACCAGCAUGUUUCCCACCCGGGAGGAGCUGGAGCUCACAGACCCGCUGGCGCUAGCUGAGCUGCUGGGCUACGUGGAGGGCUCGGCUCCAGCGGACACCCCUCCUCCCUCCAGACCUCAGUUUCUCAUCAAACAGAAGCUGGACGCCGCAAGCAGGGGGAAGACAGAUGUCGUUCUGUCCGUUGCUUAUCCAUCUGAAUACCCCAGUGUGUUACCAGAGAUAACAGUCCGAUGUGCUGGUCUCUGCAGGGCCCAGCAGACACAGCUCCACACAGAUCUCAACGCAUACCUCAUGGAAAACUGCCAGGGGGAAGUGUGUGUGCUCUCUGCUUUGGACUGGGUGAAAGACAACCUGCAGCUCUUCAUUAAUGAGAGCUUAUCAGCUGCAUCUGCUCCUAAGAAAGAGCCGUCCUCUCCACGGACACGGGGAGUGUUCAGCCGACUGUGGAUCUACAGUCACCACAUCUACAACAAGUCAAAGAGGAAGAACAUCUUGGAGUGGUCCAAGGAGCUGGGCCUGUCAGGAUUUAGCAUGCCUGGGAAGCCUGGUAUCGUGUGUGUGGAAGGUCCUCAAUAUGCCUGCGAGGAGUUCUGGUCCAGAGUGAAGGUUCUGACAUGGAAGAAGAUCAUGAUUCGACAUAGAGAGGAUAUUCCCCUUGAUCGUCAGGGCGAGGACAGCAGGACUGUUGAAAGUAUAGACUCCCUGCGCAAAUUCACAGGCUUUGAAGAAGCAAUGUUCGACCCCCAUGGGAACAGAGGUAAUCACAUGGACCUCGGGCAACUUUACCAGUUUUUAAAUGAAAAAGGCUGUUGUGAUGUCUUUCAGAUAUAUUUUGGCAUUGAAGGGAGGUAGUGGUCAGACUAGAGAAUAAAUAAACAUAGGUAUUUGACUGGUGCCUUGUCACUGAAGUAACUUCUCCUGAAAAAUCAGCCUUGUGCAUUCAUUACUGUUUUAGUUUUUGGUUUGUUUCUUACUCGUGCAAGCACACAAAUGGAUUGCGAGCACAUAGUCACAUGUGCCUGAUAAACUGAAAUAAGUGAACCACCUUUUUAUGGAGGCUGCUCAGGUGUUACACCUGGGACCUCAUUGGAAUAAAAGACAGAACAUUUUCUGCAAUUUGAGACACACAGUUCUAGCUCUUUUUUAAGCUAAUAGGCAUAUUUUUCAAAAAGAAGCAUUAAAAAGAUGUUUACCUGAGAGUUUUCUCAAGGACCUCAGUUAGAUUUGCAAUUUUAAUACUCCUGUAUGUGCUGCAGAUCACACCUUGCCCUAGGUGUUUCUUUCCUCAAAUGGCACCACUGUGUAUUACUACCAGGCUAUUAUAGGAUUUUCAGGUCUGAUACCACAUUAAUAAUUGGACAACAUAGUCUACAAUAUGCUGGAUAUCUAUUUAUGAAAUCUGUUGAUUUUCUUCUUAUGAAUUAUAGAUAACAUAACCGUGGAAAGUCUUUCUCCAAUUAUCUUGGAGUGAUUAGUUGUUAGAUAAAUUGUGCAUAAUGGUGGAUUACACUCUGGCAAUUAAAACAUGUGGUUAUUGAACUUGAAUCGUAUUUUUAGCCCCCUUAGACUGAGAUGGAAAUUUAAAAAAAAACAUUCAUACUGACUUUUAUGUGGAUUUGGUUCCUCCGGAGCUUAGCAUAUGGUGUAAGGUGAUCAUGUCAAAUAUAUGGUAUUUACGGAUAUUAUAUGUGAUUUUAUUAGCAAAUUUUACUGCCUAAAAUACAGUAGGUAUUCAUAUGAUGUAUCUUUGAAAGGCCAUUAUCACUCCAUGCCUUUGUUGUCACAUUUACACAUACAACAUUAAAAGCCUCGUAAAAUGAGGAAUAGUCUUGCACAAGAAAUUUCCAAUGCUGUAGAAAUACCACUGAACAUUAUCUCCUCAAAGGAGUUUGAACCCAGAGCGAGCAUUUCAGAGUUCAGAGGCACGCUCUACUAUUUAGUAUUGCUUUUUCACUAGGACUUUGGCAAGGGAACUGUACUAGACGACUACUUGUCUAGCUCAACAAAGAGUUAUAUGAAAGCUAAUGUUCGGUAGUUAAAGGUAUUGGACUGAAAUUCUUUGCAAACUUGUUUGGUCUGCAAUGCCCAGCAGAUGGCAGUGUUAUGUAAUCGAAGUUGGAAAGUAUGGCACCCUUAGAUGUUAUUUGUGAUUUCACGCCUAAUACAAUACAUAACCUGGAUCCAGAAAUGAAGCAGUAGUACAGUAAUAGUUUGGUUAAAAACAAUUUCAGCUAUUAUUUGGAUCAAAUAUGAAUAUUGUGAUUUUUUAUUUUUUUUUUUUAAAAGAUCUUUAACUGUAAUAAGUUAACCAAGCAGAUUAAAAUGCUAUGAUUAUUGUAUGACCUAAAAAGGUGGGGGGUUUAUAUCUGUGGUCUUGCACAUUUCACAACAGCAAGCAACUAAUAAA